UCAUUGAAGCAUCUCCCUAGUCUGUGUGGGGGUGGCGGGCCGUUCAGUAAAGCAGACGCUGAAUGCAUGGCUGUGGUAGAAGGCGUCUGCAUUUAAUCGUCGUUUUGUUUUGCUUCAGUCUAUUUGAAACCACAUGGAAACACCAGGAAUAGAGGAUGUUUCGCUACGCCACGACGUUUAGUCGUCGUCAUCUGCGAGAAAACGACGAGUGUCUGCAUGAACCACCGGCGUUCAUUUAUCCGCCCAAGCCUUUGGCACUCGAACGCACCAUCCGCUGUGGAUACUGCCGGUGUGAAGAUGCGUUAAAAUUAAAAUAAAGAGUCGUCUGCUGCCCUGCGUUGCUCGUACAAGGCGCCUCUUAUGGCUUUUAUCAACAGGACGACAUAAGAACCCUCAACACACCACAGCCCGGGUAGAUAUGGCAGUCAGCAUAACGGAGCCGCUCUGUCAGCCCUGCAUCUAUCAUGAAGACUUUAAAGUGGAGCUACAGAUGAGACGACCUCUGAUUCCUAUCCAACUGAGUCCUGAGCAGGUGGGGCUUGAGAUGCUGUGUCUCUGUGGACAACUGGACCUCCUCAUCAGGGCGCAGACGCAACAGUUCCAGGAGCAGUUAGGACAAGGCUGUAGUCCAGAGGAGUCAGACACAUUUCAGACUCAAGGAUCAGAGAUUCUUGACCAAAUGCUGCAGUGCCUUGAACAUCUACCAAAGCCUAUGCCACAGCUAGAGGACUACCUUGACAUGGUGGGUCUGUCGGCCAUGUUUCCUCGCGUUGAGGUCUUCCUUAUUCAAGGCAGUCCUGUUGACAUGCUGGACCGGCCGCUGAUGGAUGAAUACUCCUUCCAUGUCGCCAAACUGAACCAGCUGCUGGUACUGAGCCAGCAGCUGGAGGAUGACAUCAGACACCUGGGUAGUCAUAAAUACAUAGCUCACCAGCUCUCUGUUAUAUAUCACGUCAUCAGUUCUUUCAGGGGAAUCCAGGUCUUUUCAGAAAUAAAGAAGUCUAUUGAGACCAACUUCAAACAGAUGAAGCAAUCUCUGGUGGUGGAGGAAGGCUGCAGGCAUGAGCCUCAGCUGACGGCUCAUUACAUCAGCUGGAUAUUAGAAACAACUCAAAGCCUAACAUCGCUGGUUCUGUCACUGCCAGAGGAGCUGAAGGAGGACCUUCAUCAGGCCUUCACCUUUGUGUCUCAGUUCUUGUCCUGAACCUGAAUCAUUCCAGCAAACAUCCCAGGAUCUCAAGUUAGGAUCCUGCUACUAAAUGUCCUGAACUUUGACUGACUCUAAAAAGGUGCUAAGCCGUUCGAUUCAACUCAAUGAGCUGUGAUAAAUGAGCUGGGUAGCCUAGUUAAUUUGCAGAUAAUGUCAAGUUUUUGUUAUUUUGUCAUUCUAAGCUUGGCUUUUGGUGGUACUUAUGUUGAGUUGGUUGUUUGGGACUGAAUGACCACUUCAUGAAGCCCUCCUUUCACUACUGUCAUUACAAUUGUUUUAAUAACGUGAAAAAGUAAAACUGGAUAAAAAUGGUGUGGUGUUUGCUCUGUUAUGACAGGACAACCAGAUGUAAUUGGAUUACAAUUAACCGAACAAGCUUCCUUUACUCACUCGAUAAACAUAUGUAAAAAGGGUAUAUAAUUCUGGAAUAGCUGUUUCAUCAAAUUAAAUACUCUAUCUGUGUCUUA